AUGACAGAAGUGAAAGGAACUCCCAUCAUUAAAGGUUCACGAACAAUGCAAAUAACUGGCUUAUAUAAAGGACGGGCAAUUAUUAUAAAAGACUCUUACAGUGUUAUAAAUAAGAAGCCUAAACUAUUUCCUGCUAUGUUUAACUUACAAACAGGACCGAAAGAAGUAUUUCCAUACAACUACUACAGCAGUACUUUGUUAGCAAAUGACAACAGAACUGGUGUCAUUUCUGAAGCAUGUAAGUUUAUCCGGGAUGCAGAUACAUUCAUGAAAAACAUAGAUUCCAUCAAAGGUUGCAGAAUAGAUGAGAACCACUUCGACUUAGAAAAGUAUAGUACAUUUUAUUGCAAACAAGAUGUAAGAAUUUUAAGAGAAGGUUUUGUUAAGUUCCGCAAUGACAUAUUGAAAGAAUUUGAUUUAAACGUUUAUGACUACGUUAGUAUUUGUUCAAUUGCUAACAAAUUAUUUGAGAACAGAGUGUACUUCCCGAAUGGAAAUCUUUAUGACCUCUCAAAUAAACCAAGAGAGUUUAUUUCGAGAUGCAUUCAAGGUGGAAGAUGUAUGUUGUCAGAUAACAUUAAACAAAAGAGUAAAGAGAAACUCAUUGCUGAUUUCGACGCUGUUUCAUUAUAUCCAUCAGCUAUAGCAAGACUUUAUACUUUAGAAGGUAUUCCAAAGGUUAUGAAGAAAGAAAUGUUAAGCAAAGAGUAUCUCAUGAAACAUUUAUUUGAUGACGACCAAAAGGAACCCAUUGGUGAAAAGUUUAUGUCUGGCUUCUUUGUUCUCAUUAAGAUAAAAGAGAUUGGCAUACAUAGACACUUUCCUUUAAUAGUUUGUGACCCUGAACUAAAUCUAGAACUUAACGUUCCCAGAAGUUCAAAUACUUGCUGUUUAAUGUAUGUUGACCAUAUAACAUUACAAGACCUCAUAAAAUAUCAAGGUGUCAAAUGUGAAGUGUUGCAAGGAUACUAUUACGAUGGAAACAGAGAUAUAAGAAUAAGAGAUGAAGUAAAGAAGUUGUUUGA